GCGAGCCGCCUCUCUCACUGCCUGCCUUCCUUCUUUCUCCCUCCGCCAGCCGAGCACCAGCCGCGCUCUGAGCUGCCCCCGGGGUCCCUCCCCCGCCGCCAGAGGAGCAGUUGCCGCUGCCGCCAGCCGCACACUUAGGAAGGGCGGAAGGAAGGAGAGUGGGGAGGGAAGAGAACCGGAGCGCCUGUCCGGAGGGAGCCAGUGAAUGGGCUUGUGGUGACCCCCCGCCCCCUUACCCCACCCUCCCUUCCCACCCGACCCCCCAACCCCCAUCCCCAGUGAGAGCCGCCGCCCGAGAGGCCCGGCCGUCGUCUUGGGAGCAGUCGCCUGAGCCACCACCUUCGCCAUGGAGCUGAUCACCAUCCUCGAGAAGACCGUGUCUCCGGAUCGGCUGGAGCUGGAAGCAGCGCAGAAGUUCCUGGAGCGUGCUGCCGUAGAGAACCUGCCUACUUUCCUUGUGGAACUGUCCAGAGUGCUGGCAAAUCCAGGAAAUAGUCAGGUUGCCAGAGUUGCAGCUGGUUUACAAAUCAAGAACUCUUUGACAUCAAAAGAUCCAGAUAUCAAGGCACAGUAUCAGCAGAGGUGGCUUGCUAUUGAUGCCAAUGCUCGGCGGGAAGUCAAGAACUAUGUUUUACAGACAUUGGGCACAGAAACUUACCGGCCUAGUUCUGCCUCCCAGUGUGUGGCUGGUAUUGCUUGUGCAGAAAUACCAGUAAACCAGUGGCCAGAACUCAUUCCUCAGCUAGUGGCCAAUGUCACAAACCCCAACAGUACAGAGCACAUGAAAGAGUCGACUUUGGAAGCUAUUGGUUACAUUUGCCAAGAUAUAGACCCAGAGCAGCUACAAGAUAAAUCCAAUGAGAUUCUGACUGCCAUAAUCCAGGGGAUGAGGAAAGAAGAGCCUAGUAAUAAUGUGAAGCUAGCUGCUACUAAUGCACUCCUGAACUCACUGGAGUUCACCAAGGCAAACUUUGACAAAGAGUCAGAAAGGCACUUUAUCAUGCAGGUUGUCUGUGAAGCCACACAGUGUCCAGAUACAAGGGUACGAGUGGCUGCAUUACAGAAUCUAGUGAAGAUAAUGUCUUUGUAUUAUCAAUAUAUGGAGACAUAUAUGGGCCCUGCUCUUUUUGCAAUCACAAUUGAAGCAAUGAAAAGUGACAUUGAUGAGGUGGCUCUUCAAGGGAUAGAAUUCUGGUCCAAUGUCUGUGAUGAGGAAAUGGAUUUGGCUAUUGAAGCUUCAGAGGCAGCAGAACAAGGACGGCCCCCUGAGCACACCAGCAAGUUUUAUGCCAAGGGAGCCCUGCAGUACUUGGUUCCCAUCCUCACUCAGACAUUAACUAAACAGGAUGAAAAUGAUGAUGAUGAUGACUGGAACCCCUGUAAGGCAGCAGGGGUUUGCCUCAUGCUUCUGUCUACCUGCUGUGAAGAUGACAUCGUACCACAUGUCCUUCCUUUCAUAAAAGAACACAUCAAGAACCCGGAUUGGCGAUACCGUGAUGCAGCAGUGAUGGCUUUUGGCUGUAUUUUGGAAGGACCAGAACCUAAUCAACUCAAACCACUAGUUAUACAGGCUAUGCCCACCUUAAUUGAAUUAAUGAAAGAUCCCAGUGUGGUUGUUCGAGACACAACAGCAUGGACUGUGGGCAGGAUUUGUGAGCUGCUCCCUGAAGCUGCCAUCAAUGAUGUAUACUUGGCUCCCCUGCUGCAGUGCUUGAUUGAAGGCCUCAGUGCUGAACCAAGAGUGGCUUCAAAUGUGUGCUGGGCUUUCUCUAGUCUGGCUGAAGCUGCUUAUGAAGCUGCAGAUGUAGCUGAUGACCAAGAAGAACCAGCCACAUACUGUCUGUCUUCUUCCUUUGAAAUCAUAGUUCAGAAGCUCCUGGAGACAACAGACAGACCUGAUGGACACCAGAACAACCUGAGGAGUUCUGCCUAUGAAUCUCUAAUGGAAAUUGUGAAAAACAGUGCCAAGGACUGUUACCCUGCAGUUCAGAAAACAACAUUGGUCAUCAUGGAAAGACUGCAGCAGGUGCUGCAGAUGGAGUCACAUAUCCAAAGCACAUCAGAUCGGAUCCAAUUCAACGACCUUCAGUCUUUACUCUGUGCAACUCUUCAGAAUGUUCUGCGGAAAGUGCAGCAUCAAGAUGCUUUACAGAUCUCUGAUGUGGUCAUGGCCUCCCUGUUAAGGAUGUUCCAAAGCACAGCUGGGUCUGGGGGAGUGCAAGAGGAUGCCUUGAUGGCAGUUAGCACACUGGUGGAAGUGUUGGGUGGUGAAUUCCUCAAAUACAUGGAAGCCUUUAAACCCUUCCUGGGCAUUGGAUUAAAAAAUUAUGCCGAGUACCAGGUAUGUUUGGCAGCUGUUGGCUUAGUUGGAGACUUGUGCCGGGCCCUACAAUCUAACAUCUUACCUUUCUGUGAUGAGGUGAUGCAGCUGCUUCUGGAGAACUUGGGGAAUGAGAAUGUCCACAGGUCUGUGAAGCCACAGAUUCUCUCUGUGUUUGGUGAUAUUGCCCUUGCCAUUGGUGGAGAGUUUAAAAAAUACCUAGAAGUUGUAUUGAAUACUCUUCAGCAGGCCUCCCAAGCCCAGGUGGACAAGUCAGACUUUGACAUGGUGGAUUAUCUGAAUGAGUUAAGAGAAGGCUGCUUGGAAGCUUACACCGGAAUCGUGCAGGGAUUGAAGGGAGAUCAGGAGAACGUACACCCGGAUGUAAUGCUGGUACAACCCAGAGUAGAAUUUAUUCUGUCUUUUAUUGACCACAUUGCUGGAGAUGAGGAUCAUACGGAUGGAGUAGUAGCCUGUGCUGCUGGACUGAUAGGGGACUUAUGUACUGCAUUUGGGAAGGAUGUACUGAAAUUAGUAGAAGCUAGGCCAAUGAUCCAUGAACUAUUAACUGAAGGACGAAGAUCGAAGACUAACAAAGCAAAAACUCUUGCUACGUGGGCAUCAAAAGAACUGAGGAAACUGAAGAACCAAGCUUGAUCUGGUACCGUUGGGAUGAUAACCUGAGACCCCCACUGGAAAUCUCCAAUCUUUUGAAAAACCCGGAAGUGAGGAGUGUGCACGGAUGCUGAAUGUUUGGGAAUGAGAGGAUGAGUGAGUGAGGCUUGAAAACACACCACAUUGAAAAUCCUGCCACAGCCGCAGCCAACAACAGCAGCGCUGCUCGUGAGCUAAGUGAGCACUGACUUUAGAACACCAUAACAUCAGCCAUCUUGGAAAAGAGAAACGGCGGAUUUACUUGCUUAUUAAAACAAAAAACUGUCUCUUCCCAGGGGAGGCUAGAAGUAGCUUGUCUGUUUUGGCUGUGCCGAAGGGAAGGAUUGGUUUGGGAAAGGAGGAGGGACUGGGUUCAGCUGUGGUGCUUUGUUGUAAAAGGCAGCCUGGCCUUUGCUACUGAGGAGAAAGAUGGAGCCCGGGUCUUGAGCCCACCUUCGCCGUACCUUUGCCACAUGGUACUUUAUAUGUGCCGGUUAGAAGGAGUGUGAGGGAUUUUACAGUCUGAGAAUGAGUGUGUGUGAGUGAGGCGGUAUCCACAUUCUCAACUUCAAGUCAUUGCAGUUUCUUUUUCCCAGAAAAAAAAAGGGUUAGAUGUUGCAUUUCAUUAACUAACUGAAAGUUCUGUCUACUGAUGCAGCACAAGAGAUGUGUUUAAAAAGAAAAAAAAAAAGGAAAGAAGCUCUUUAGGUUUUGUUUUAAUUAUUCUAGGAAAACACUGACGCAUUGUCAGAGCUCCUGUCCUGAUCUUUCAUCAAGGCGCCUUUCCUGAUGACGUGGUUCAACUGUGAAUGUAGAAGUGGGGGGAGGGGGAGAAAAGCAAACUUGAGUUAGAGGAUAUAGAAAACCUACAGUACUAUUGUUACAAAUAAAGAUGCAGACUUUGAGGGAAAAAAAGCCACAACCCUAACCAAAAUUUUAAAAUUCAAACAUUGGCAGCACAAAACAAAAGCUCUCUCCUGACUUGUAUCGUGGCAGUCUGAACGCCCCCAGAAAAUUGUGCCAAAGACUUCAGAACACAAAUGUACAAUAAAAGUAAAUACACACACACACACACAAGAAAGCAAACUUCAGGUAACUAUUUUGGAUUGCAAAUGAAGAUAAAUUUAAUGUUCAAACAAUCUGAUAAAAUAACCAUUUGGAAACUGCUUGGCCUUCUGUUCUUUUAUUUGGUUGACUGCAAUGCGAUAUUGGUCUCUUGCUGCACUUCCAAACCAACUAAAAAAGAAAAUUGUGUGUGUAUGUGUACACACACUACAGCUGUUGUGAUGAAAAUGGCACUUAAAAGGUUUAUAUUUUUUCAUUGAUGAAGAUUAAUAAAAUGGUGUCAAACAUUCCCCUGCUCACACGCUUUAGUAUUUUUUUAGUGUGAUGUGCUGUGAUGACCAUAGUUUUCCCUUCUACACGGGAACAGGGCACCCUGAAGUUUAGAAUCUUUCAGCAAUAAGAAAGGAUUUCAGUGAGCUUUGAUCCCUUUUUGGUUUUUACAGCUAUUAGGAUUUUUUGCUGGCAUUUCAAAUAUGCUGCUUUGAAGUAAGGGAAGUUUUUAAGUUGCUUCCUGGUAGUUGGAGGGUUAAAAACAAGACCCUUAUUCCCACUCUGAUUUUUUUUUGUAGCAGGAGGUAUGGGCUUACAAUUUUUCACCACCACUCUUCCCCUCCUUAUCCAAGCCUUCCAUUUAUUUGUAAGUGGGAUUCGCUCCACUUUUGUCUAUCCAUACAGCAGCAUCUCUUAAUAGCUCUUGUACAGGGUAUCAGAUAUUGUGCCUUUUGGUGCCAGGUUCAAAGUCAAGUGCCGAUCUGAUCUAUGAACCAGUGUACAAAAAAAAUUAUAUAUAUAUAUAUAUAUAUAUGAAGGAGAGACACUCCAUUGUGAAUCAAGAAAUCACACCAGCUCCUAAGCCCUGUUGAGAAGAGAGGCCUGGUCCUUUACAUGCCUUGUUUCCAUUUUAGCUGUUCUUGUGAAUAUACUAACCAUUCCUGAUUCUAGAAUAGUGUUGGGGCAGGCUUAGGGAGGGUCAGAAAUAGUGGAGAAAGAAAAAAAAUUGAUCAUUCCUCAGUGCUACCCAUUUCUGUCCUGUGUGGGCUGUUGAGCUAGACAGCAGGAGAAUAAAGUACACCGAGAACCACAAUGACAACAAAACCUCCCAUGUGUUUGUCAUGUUUUGUUCCAGGGAAGCAAUUGAUGAGUGCUGUUACUAAUGCUUUCUCUCAGAUGCAUUCAAUGCUGGAGAGGAGGAACUUCCUGGUUGGAUUGUAGUUUGGUGCCUUGCAGCUGUUCUGCACUGGUUAUGCAUUCAAUCCCCUUUGAGUUACCUUCAGCUACUGGGUUUUCCCUAGUCUGGGUAUUUGUCCUUAAUCAGUUGUACCACCCAAAGCAACUGGAUGCAAAAGGCAUUCUGUCCACUCGCCGAAUGGACCUUCCCCACCCUGAGUGUUGGCACAUUCCUUCAAGAAUGUAGUUACCGUCUGCUUGGGAAGAUGGCAGUGCAAAUGUGAAGAAAAUGGGCAUCGGACUAGAGUUUGGUUUGCCGCAAGUGGCAGCUGCCUAUUCCAAUCACUUUAAUUUUGCUUUCAUUUCCCCCAGUUCUCCUCCUCCCCUCUGUUGAAAUGUUGAAACUUUAGCUGUCAGAGGCAAUUGUAAUACUGCCCUAGGGAUUUGUGGAGAAAGGGAGGGGAAUUGCUCAGUGCAGUGUUUUAACUUUCAGAACCAAGCAAUCUAUUUACGCUUACUAUUUAAGAAGUGUGUUAGUCCGACUUUAAGAGAAAUCCAAACUCCAUCAGCUUUCGAUAGCAUCUUGGUUUUUGAAACAACUUCACUCUGUAAUUGGCAUUCAGAAUGCCAUUGGCAUGCCAGUCUGUGUGAUGGCAUUAAAGACCUGUUAAAACACUUGAGCCCAACUUUUAUUAACCAAAACUGAUACCACCACCUUUAUCUUCUAAAUAAAGUCAGCUUUAUUUUUAUUUUCAA